AUCAAUCUGGCAGCGACUUUGUGCCCCUUGGAAAAAUGCAGUAAUUAUCAAGCUCCUAGGGAAAUCUGUCAACUUCCACAGUUUACACUCACGAUUAUUGAAAGAAUGGCGAACAUAAAGUGAAUUCGAAGUCAUUGAUGUGGGUUUGGGCUAUUAUAUUGUCAAAUUUUCUUCCCCACAGGAUUGUGCUAUGGUUUUAACAGGAGGGCCAUAUAAAAUGUUUUAUCAUUAUUUGGCCGUUCAACCUUGGGAACCAGGUUUUCAUCCAGCAAGAGCAAAAGCCCCCAAGACAGCAGUGUGGGUUAAAUUACAUGGUGUUCCAAUAGUUUGCUUUCAUGAGGCUAUUUGUCUUUAUCUGGGCAGUAAAAUUGGUAGACCGAUCAAAGUUGAUCCAACAACCCUCCUUGCUGCCAGAGGAAAAUUUGCAAGAGUCUGCAUUGAAGUUGACCUCAGCCAACCACUCCCAUCAUCCGUGGACCUAGACUUAGAGGAGUUACCUCAAUCUCUCAUUUCGGUGGAAUUUGAAGGCCUACAUAAAAUCUGUUUCCAGUGUGGGGAAUUUGGUCACACAGAGAACUAUUGUCGUUUUAAGAAUCCUGGGAAGGCCUCUCCCGUUGGCAACCCCAGGUCAAAGGCUAUGAUCGAGUUAACUCAAACUUUAAAGCCAAAUCCGGAAGAAAAUGAUAUGACUUUUGGCCCGUGGAUGGUUCAGCAAAGGAAGCCACGACGGCAGCAGCAACCUUGCCGCUCAGUCGAGCCGUUAGCCGGCAAACCUACUAUCUCCCCAAAAGUUCAGGAUCCACAUAAACCCGUUACCAAAAACCAGGCGCAAUCCUUGGCCCCUAAGAUUAUUGCCAAUUUUGGUUCCCAUGAAUCAAGGAGCAAUCGUUUUGCAGUGAUGUCAGAGCUAAUGGGGGAAGAGACAGAUUUGCUAAAUUCAAAUAUGGUGACUGAACCCUCGCUGGCGGGAAGCUCGCCUCAGACUGAGGAGUCCACAUAACAAGUUAAGCCAAUGGACAUUACUAUCCCAAGCCCUCCCCCUGCUCCAUCAACGGAUUUUGUCAAGCCUCAACCCAAAAGAAGAAAGGCAAAAUCUGGGG